GGACUUGCCAUGUCGUGACGUAAAUUCUCAACAAGGAAGUAUUUCACUGAACAAAUUUGUUAUCACGAUCUUCCUUCUGUAGGAAGAACUUCUCAGCCAUGUUGUUUUUAAUUGGAAUACUGUACGUUGGAGCUAUAUCAACAGGACCGACGUAUGGUGCGAGAAAUUUUAAUUGGUUUGCUGCACAGCAAGAAUGUGAAGGAAAGGGACAGAUGUUAAUCAAGAACCAAUCUUCAAUACCCAUGAUAAAAAAUCGCGAUUACUGGAUUGGCCAGUAUAAAGAUCUUUCCGGAUGGAUACAUAUAUUAGGUUGUUACAAUGCUUCUGAUGUAUUACCCCAAAAGGAGAAAGAAAUACAUAUGGAAAUACCAUCACCUGGACUCUGCCAAGUCAACUGUAUUUCAAGGGGAAUAUAUUAUUUUGGAAUACAGAACAAUAUAUGCCUCUGUUUAAAACAACGUAUAAAUGGUGAUAAGCAGCUAUCUUCUCGAUGCCAUUUUACAUGCAAUUCGGAGCAGGAUGACAAAUUUUCAACAGAAUGUGGAGGGCAUUCAUCAUACAAUGUUUUUUUUACAGGAGAGAUGAAUGAUCCACAAGAUGUCUUGAAUCUCUGUAUGGUUUUACAGUGUUCUCAGAAGGAUAAAAAAUUUCUGACAAAAUCGUGUGGGGAAGAUAUUGCAAGACUUUGUGAAUCUCCAGUCUCUGAUAUGAUUUAUCAACGAAAUUGGACAGCCUCAAUGGAUGUAUGCACCAACAACUCUAAGUCCUAUCUCGUCGGUGAUAUUAAUGUUUCAAGCAUAGAUGCAGUUUGCAAUACGAUAGCAAACAGAUUAUUCAGCAUUAGAUGGAUAGGAAUUGCAAAGCAGUGGUUCAUAAAUUUUGAUCGAGGUCAGACCAUUUCAAAGGAAAAGCAAAAUAUAAUUGAACUGUGUAAAACGUGCAACCAACAAGAGUGUGGUAUGCAACAAUGCAACACCACCCUACAGACAGAAGUGCUGUGCAUACCUAUACCAACAACGAACAUAACAAAAGCAACGACAAGUUCAACGACAAGAUCGACGACAAGAUCAACGACAAGUUCAACGACAAAACAAACAGCAACAACGAAAGUCACUACAUCAGCAGCUACAAAUGUAGCAAUAAAUACAACGAAGGAUAGUCAUGUCAAUCGGAAUUCAAAUCAGCAAGACAGUAACGAACACAGUGUUUUGGUGGGCAUCUUAGUAACAGUUAUGGUACUGAUCGUUGCUGGAGUUGUCAUCGGUAUUAUCAUUUUGAAAAGGAGACAGGCGAAAAUUCCAAAGAAUGUCAGAAAAGCCGGUUUGAAGAAUGAGUUGCCAGAAAUACAACAAAACAAAAACUACAACGAGUCUGACAAUUCAAUGAACAACAAUUAUUUUGUAUUGGAGUCACCUAAGUCUAAUUACGAAGUACUUGAUGAUGAUAUACAGGAAUCAGAGAGUCCGUACAUUGACGGGGGAGAAGGAACGUACGAUCAUCUCAGAGACAAGGAGUCACGACGAAAAACGACGGACAACGUUUACCAACAUGCUCACUGUCUUCAAAACAAAGAAUCGUCUGAUUAUGACUUUGCUGGAAGAGCCGGAAACCAGGAGAUAGAAAAUCCGUAUUAUGAUCAUGCAAAUGAACACACGAGAAAUUCUGAUUAUGGAUAUAACACAUUGGAUCGUAGUUAAGAUAGGCAAAUAGGUUGAAUAGGCAAAUCCUGAAAUGCAUGAAUACUUUCUCCAACUUGAAUCCCAGACACACUACCCAAGAGUCACACCUUAUACACAAAAUACAUUGUAAAAUGACAUACAACAGUCUAUAUACGUAAAUGCUUUUAAUUUCUGAAGUAUUGACUGUUAUAAAUGCAUCUGUCUAUCGAAAAUUACACAUCAACCUAUUGAUAAUGUAUAUCCACGUUUGUUCAAAUUAUGUAAUAUGUCCUUUUUCUGUAUAAGAAUUUGUGAAAAUACAUGUAGAGUAGGAUGUUCUCAAUAAUCUUUGAGCCAGAAACACUGAAAUUUCUGUGAAAAACCUCCUUUUAAAUAUUCAUGUUUGUUUAAAUUCUGAGCUCUAAGUCACGACGGAGUCACACUGUGGUUUCAGAUUUUAACCCUCAAAUAAAUAGAAAAAAAAUCCUUUGAAAUAUUCUUGUCAAAUACCAGGCAAGGGGUUCAAAAUUAUAAGUAUUACUACGAGUAUAUAGAUACGUUUUUAUGAAUCUUUUCAAAAACCACAGUGAUGGGAAAUAAAUUGUGAAAUUGAUAUCAAAACAUUUGCAUCCUCUUGCCAUUAAAUUCUUCUGUGCAUAUUCACGCAAUGAAAUAUAUUAAAAUCAAAUGUAUAUACUUCUAAUACAAAUUGAAGUUUGUUCAAACUAUGAUUACUGAUGCCAGGAUGAUAAUCCAUAAGUUUGAUUCUAUCUAUAUAAUAAAUUGUUCAGGAGACGGA